AUGGCAUUGUCGCUCAAGUUCGUCGUGCUCUCGCUCGCCGCCGUGCUGGUCGCUCUCGACGGCGCUGCCGGCCCUCGCGGCGGCGCCUCCGCCAUGGGCCUGCCCCCGCCGCAGCCGGCGGUGAACUUCAGCAUCGGCGUGCAGGGCAUGGUGUGGUGCAAGACCUGCAGGUACCCGGGCUACUUCCCCGCCAUGGACGCGUCCCCGCUCGCAGGGGCGGUGGCGUACCUGCGGUGCCGGCACGGGCACCGGCGGGCGGCGUCGAUCAGGGCGGUGGCGGGGAGCGGCGGCUACUUCCGGAUCGAGACGUCGCAGCUGACGUCGUUCACGAGCCAGGAGUGCAAGGUGUACGUGCCGCGGUCGCCGUCGCCCGCGUGCGUCGUCCCCGGCGACGGCAGGAGGGGCCUGCCGCUCAAGUUCGAGCUGUUCGUCAAGCGCGACAAUGGCCUCCAGGGCCUCUACUCCGUCGGCAACUUCAUCUUCUCCCCCAAAUACCCCAACAAGUGCUACUGAAACUAAGCAUGCAUGCUUUCUUGCAGCUGCAGGUUGGUGUGUGUUCAACGCCAAGAGCGCACAGAUUAGACCUGAAUAAAUUUCCUCUAGGUUUAGUUAAUUCAUUCACUAGAUCUUGCAUGGGGAGAUGAAUUAGUUAAUGUUGGUUUUGCGUUUUGAUUUACGGUGCUUAUUACAGCGGAGCGCCAGCUUUCGAUCGAGUUCUGUAAGCUGCUGUAAGCAACAGGCAGAAUGUGCUUGUAAUAAGAUGUGCA